GUUUGCCACCACCCAGACUGCCAAGACCUGAACAGCAAAAGCCCCCUUCAUCUGUGCGAGUCAUGUGACUCACGCUACCACUCGGAGAACACAGACAACAUGCACUUUGACCGACACCCACGAUUUGACUUACAACCUCAAGCCUCCAUCCUGGCUCGGAACGUGUCCACGCGCUCUUGUCCCCCACGCACCAGCCCCCCCUCCGACCUGGAGGAAGAGGACGAGGGGAGCAAUGACCGCGGGGAGCGGAAAACAGGGGGGCUGAAGCUGGUGAAAAAGAAGCCACGGAGACGACACACAGACGACCCCAGCAAGGAGUGCUUCAGCCUCAAGUUUGAUCUCAACGUGGACAUAAACACAGAAAUCGUACCUGCGAUGAAAAAGAAAACGCUGAGAGAGGUUUUAGGGCCGGUGUUCGAGAGGAACGGCAUCGAGCUGUCCCGGGUCGACCUCUUCCUGGAUCAGUCCAACACGCCUCUGUCCCUCAACUUCGAGGCUUACCGCUUCGGAGGACACUACCUCAAAGUCAAAGCGCGGCCAGGUGAUGAGCUGAAGGUGGAACAGGGUGUGAAGGACAUGAGGUCUCUCAGCCUGCCCAACAUGAAGCCCUCCGGGGGUCAGAGCCCCUACAUCCUCACCCCGGGCAGCGAGCGGGUGGAGCAUGGAUCCCUGGGACGCAAAGAGAGCAUAGAUCUGCUGGGUCAGGCGCGACGGAGGAAGAACAUGACAGAGUUCCUCGGGGAGACGAAUAUUCCAACCCCGGAGGCCCUGGGACAGAUCGGUGGCUCCCUGCCCAGCGUUGGGCCCGGGCCUGACAGCUGGAAGAAUCGCGCUGCCAGCCGCUUCAGUGGCUUCUUCAGCUCCGGAGCAGGGCCCUUCGGCAAG